AAAAUGGUUUUCACAUCCCUCACCCUCUCUAUAUAUAGGUUGUUGUGUAGCUUCUUUAGUCUUGGAGAUACAACAUUUAUAAGUAUAUUAGGUACAUAUAUAUUUGAGCAUAUUUCUAUAUAAAGUAGAUAUAUAUUUCGAGAGAGAAGAGAGAUAUGGGGAGGCAACCGUGUUGUGACAAAGUAGGGUUAAAGAAAGGGCCAUGGACUAUUGAAGAAGACAAGAAGCUCAUCAACUUCAUCCUCACCAAUGGCCACUGCUGUUGGAGGGCUCUUCCCAAGCUUUCUGGACUACUGAGGUGUGGUAAAAGCUGCAGAUUAAGAUGGAUAAAUUAUUUAAGACCUGAUUUAAAAAGAGGUCUUUUAUCAGAAUAUGAAGAACAAAUGGUCAUUGAUCUUCAUGCCCAACUUGGCAAUAGAUGGUCAAAAAUUGCCUCUCAUUUACCUGGAAGAACUGACAAUGAAAUAAAGAACCAUUGGAACACACACAUAAAGAAAAAACUAAAGAAGUUGGGUAUUGACCCUCUGACCCAUAAGCCUCUCUCUGAAGAAGAAGCUUCACAACAAGCUCAAGGGAGGAAGAAAAGCUUAGUGCCUCAUGAUGACAAGAGCCCAAAACAAGAUCAAGAAGAUAAGCAAACCAAAGACAAACAAGAUCAACAUCAUACAGAGAAAGAUCUGGAGAAGAACAUCAUGACAUCAGCUUCUAGUGAUGGGUUUUGCAUUGAUGAAGUCCCAUUGCUCAGUCCCCAUGAGAUCUUGAUCGACAUCUCUUCUUCUCAACAUCAUCAUACUAAUGAUGAUUAUGUCAAUAAUAUAAACACUAGUAAAUUUACGUCGCCUUCUUCCUCUUCCUCUUCUACCUCGUCGUGUGUAUCAUCAGUAGUACCGGGUGAUGAGUUCUCCAAGUUUUUGGAUGAAAUGGAGAUUAAUCUUGACCUCAAGUGGCUCUCCUCCGAUGAUUCUUCAGGGGAACAUAUUAGCAAAGACGGCAAGUUCAACAACACUGUUGAUACGAUGGACUUGUGGGAUAUCAAUGAUUUGAACAGUUUGGAUAUAUUUCUGAAUGACGACGACCAUGAUGGUGCUUUUGUUGGAAAUGGUAACGGAUGUUCAAGAAUGGUUUUAGAUCAAGAUUCAUGGACAUUUGAUCUCCUCUAGCUUUUAGUGUUUCUUUACUUUAUUAGAUUUUUUUGUUUGGUUGUUUGUUCUUGAAGUCAGGGAUUUGGGUUUGGCCUUGGGUGUUGCAAUUUAGCGGAUUAUUAGGUGUAAAAUACAUGUAAUAAAGAUUGCAAUUCUGAACAUUCGUUUCUUUGUUUUUUUCUUCACUUUUGAAAUAUUAAUGUUUUGGGAAAAUA